GGAAGUGAGUAAUUUGAGCAUAACAAUCGAAGUUUGUAAGCGCAACGAUUUUGAGUUUGUUUUUGUUUUUUUAUACGUUUAGGGUGGACAGCGAUGUAUAUUUAGUAACAUAAGGGUUUGAUUAGAAUAUAUAUAUCAGAAUGACCAAAGAAAAGCGUCACAGGAGACGGGAAUCACCGGAGCGGGAGCCCAAAGUUAAGAUAAAGCAGGAGCAAGUGAGCCCUGUUAGGCCACAGAGAUCACGCCGCUCCAGGUCCAGAUCCAGCGGCAACUCAAGUCCACAGAGGAGACGAACGAGCAGGUCACCCGUGAGGCCGAGGGACCGCUCCUCACCUGGUAGAAGAGAGACAUCUCCUGCCAGACGAGGCAGCAGAUCACCCAGAAACAGACGAAGUCGCACUCCUCCCCAUCGUGGUGCUGAUGUCAAAAUAAAACGGGAGCGGGAGGAGCAUCGGGCUAGUGGUGAUGACCGGAGAAGAAGAAACGACCAGCCAGAGGAGAGGCGUAGCAGGUGGGAAUCGGACAGACCGCGGGAAAGAGAUCGCGACAGACACAGAGAGCGAAGUGCACUUGCCUCUCAACAAGCUGAGAGGCAGCAGCACGAUGAGAGGCGCAGAGAAAACCGUCAGCGGCGUGAAGAAAACCAAGAACAAGAUUUUGGACAGUCUGGAGGAGGGAGUGACGACAAUAAUGACCCACCUGUUGAGAAGGAGAAGCCCAACUUUGAACUGUCGGGGGCUCUGACGGAAGAUACAAACACAUUCCGGGGGGUGGUGAUUAAGUACAACGAACCACCUGAGGCUCGCAUUCCCAAGCGCAGAUGGCGGCUGUACCCCUUCAAGAAUGACGAACCCCUUCCAGUCAUGUACAUUCACAGACAGAGUGCCUAUUUGUUGGGGCGACAGAGAAAAAUUGCCGACAUCCCCAUCGACCACCCAUCCUGCUCCAAACAACAUGCGGUAUUCCAGUAUAGACUGAUGGAGUUCACACGUGCAGACGGCACAACUGGUCGCAGGGUGAGGCCUUACAUCAUCGACCUGGGUUCUGGCAAUGGCACCUACCUGAACAACCAGCGCAUUGAAGCCCAGCGCUAUUACGAGCUCAAAGAAAAAGACGUUAUCAAGUUUGGCUUCAGCAGUCGCGAGUACGUCCUGCUGCACGAGUUUUCAGAUACAAGCGAGGUGGACGCCAAGGUGGAAGAGGAAGACGACGAGGGCCUCGAUGAAUAAAUUGUUCCCAUAAAAUGUAUUGCCCAAUUCAGGUUAGGUAACAUCAUCAUCAACUAAUAGUUGUUUCUGCAGGGAUUGGAACAAUUUAAUGACCUGUUAAAUGUAGGACUUGAUUAAAAUAAAGGAACAAGGCUGGUUUGUAUAUUCUGUAACUAUUGCUUAAACCUGCCACAACUGUCUCAAGAAGACUUCCUAUUCUCAGGUUGUUUGUGUAAUGUCUGUUUGAUGCAUGAUUGAUCUCUCAUUUGACGGCGCUCCCGAUACAAAGUGCUCAGUGCCAGAUAAAGAAAUCUUGCUAAACACAAUAGUUUAUUUUAUAUUUUUGGAUCACAGUGCUGAGCACAAAGUAUAGCAGAAGACUAAUUUCUUGUCAGUGUCCAGGCUGUAUAUGUCAUUGUACAAUACGUGGAAUGUGAACUCUCCAUACAACUUUUAAAUACAUUGCCUUUUUGCUUUGUAGUGCAAGAGGAAAAAUA